AUAUAUAUAUAUAUAUGUAUAUGUAUCUAUAUGUAUACAUCGAGUAAGAAGAACAAUUUUUGCUGCCUAAUCGCGUAAAUCGUAUCGACACGAUCAUUGUUUUCUACGAACGAUAUUCUCUCAACUCUUGGUAGACCGGGACAAUCGUCUUUUCGUGGAGUAAUAAUAAUCGACGUGUAACAAAGAGACUCGCCCGAGUAAUCGGAAAUCAGUGAGAAGUGAAGUCAGUGCAACCGCCGGCCCGCAACAGAGCAGGAUGGGUUGUGGUCAGAGCAAGAUUGGCAACAUCUAUCCGAAAAACAAGAAGAACAAGAACAACACCGGCAAGAAGAAUGGCGAUUCAGUGGGCUCCGCGUCCGUGGAACAUAAGAAUGGGAACGGCGGUGCCGCGAAGAACAACAAGACGAACAACAACGGGGUCGAGGUGAACCGAAACGAGGAGCAGAAUGGCGGGAACGGCGAUAAGAACAAGAAGAAGCCGAGCGCGCCUGGGAACGGUCCUCUGUUGCAACAAGCAGAGAUAUCCACCAGUCAGCUCGACUUCUUCAAGAUGCUUGAUGAGAAGAUCGAGAAUGGCCCGGACUACGACGAGAGUCUCGACACGACAGCCCGAGCUGAGCGUGUCACCAGUCUUCUCCGUCAAUGGGAGCUAGCGAGCGUAAGCUGGUCGAGCAUGACCGAUUUGAGCAACGCGUCGCCGACCGCUAUUAGGAGCACCCGUAAUUCAAUUUCGUACGCACCCCGGCAAAGUUUGACCGCGAAGGACCGCGAGGGAAUGCGAAACAUAAUUGGCGGUAGACCGGAGAGCGCCCCGAUCUACAUGAGAAACGCGAACAGGGUCGACGGUCUCCACGAGUCCCAUCAUUGUCCUUCGCCGAACAUGCCCAGACACGUGUUGGAGUCGAUCACCCAGAGUCCCACGCAGAGCUUGAAGAACGUGACACCGCCUGGUUCCUCGCCGACUGGCGGCGGUCUUCGUUAUCAGCAGGACAGCUACAAGGAGUGCAACGCGAAUCAACAACCGUCCGCCAAGUCCUCUGUCAUGAAAGUCCAUUACAACACCGGCCAGAGUCCCGUGAACGGGGAGUACGUGACGCAACAGGCGCUCUAUCGCGAACAGUAUUUGCAGCAGACCGGCAUAAUCACGGUACCAUCCCAGUACUCGGCCGGCUCCCCAGGCGGCAACGUGCUGCGGAACAAUCCGUACGUGCAACAAUACCAGAUCGCCACUCCACCGCAACAUUUCUCGACGCCGCGGAAACGCGGCUUCAACGCGGCGCAAAUGACGUGACCGGGAUGACCGUGCACCAUCAGA